AUGCCUUGUGCAACCACCUUCCCAGAAACCGCAAAAUUAGCCCUAAUAAUACUCGACGAUGGCGUCCAAAUCGGUCAUACCUUCCUCAAUGUCAAUGACUUCUUAGCUAUAGGCUUCUAUAUUCCCGCUCAGUUUUUCGGCGUUUCUGAGAUCAACAAACCCGCCUCAAGUGAUUUGAUUAUUAUCAUAAACAACCGUCCCAUUCACUCGUUUCAAGUGGCCGGAAUAGCUAAACAUAACAUGCUAACCCUUUUUGCAAACACCCAUCGCCAACAAUAUACCAACUACGAUUAUCUACGGAGGGCCGUGGCAAGUGCAACUGCGUUCUUUCGGGUGCCUGGGACAGAGCGAAUCGGGACGCUGAGAAUGAUAAGGGAGGAGCUCUUUCCAGGUCAUAGGAUCGUAGCUGAAAAGGGGAAGAUUCGUGUAUUGGAAGAGACCUGCAGGGAGGGGGCAGAGAGAUCAUUAGAAGGGACGAAUCAAUCCUGGUUGGAGAAGUCUAAACUCAACACUGAUGUUAGCCAUCCCAAUAGCGGAGCCUGGGUGCCCUGGGUUCGAACCAUCGAGACUCUGUCCCCCCAGCCUUUCAAAGGCUUUGGUCGUGGUAUAUGGCAGCGUUAUGUACCGCCCACUUCUAAAUAUCACGGGAGAGCGUUAAGAACAAUAGGUGAGAAUUUCCUCUAUGCGGAAAAAGGGGGUAAUGAGGGCGAAGAGAUAACAAAACCAAAUUCCGUACCCAGGCCGAAUUGCCCACAAAGAUCUGCCAUUAGCCCCGCAACACACUUUGCCUAUCGUCUUGGCUUGUCUUCACCGGAGUGGAUGGUUUGGUUUCUUUAUUCAAGAUAUCAUUGGGUCAUUGCCUCGUCAUAUGCCGUAAAGCCACUAACAUGCCAUUCUAGGAUGAAGAAAUCUAUCUACAUAGAGAUGAAAGAACCGCUCAAACUUGAAGUGAGUGGUAUUAAGGAAGCAAGACGAAGAGAAGAUGUAUUCUACAAUCGACGACUCGUAAAGCUCUUCGGAGCCACAAGUAUGAGAGAUAUUCCGGAUUACAACUUUGGGAAUGACAUUAGAACAAUGGUACGGAGAGGGUCAAACGCGCGGCUAGGUCUAAUGUUGGGUGCUUUCGAUUUCUGGUCUCGGUCCGACGUCCAGGAUGUAAUUCCGCAACAACCCUUUGGUUUCUUGAGGGAGCGAGGAGCAGCAUUCUUAACAGUUCGUAGUACUAAUGGUAGUUACAGUGAACUACGGAUCACGUGUGAAGGCUGUACGUAG